AUGGACUCAUCAGGUGUUCUUCCAAAAACUGGGUCCAAAAAGCCUCGCACUUUUGCCGAGAAGCAAGACUGCCCAAAAGGCAACGUUGUGGUUAACUCAGUUUUGCUAAAGGGGGAAAUGCUUGGCGCUUAUGAAGCCUCCAAGUCUCUGGAGGCCGAAUAUAUCAGAAGUCUGCAUAAACAGAUAUAUUUGUUUGAACUGGAAAAUCAUUAUUUACGAAAAGAAUUGGGUAAAACCGGAGGAAGUGACCCACUCCUGGACAAGCGAGAUGAAGACGGAAUGAAGAAAGCAACCACAAAUGCAAACGCUCCAAUGACCGAUGAUCAAAGGGCCGAACUUAUAAAUGAUUUGGUACGAAAAUGUGGUGAAAUACAAGAGAAACUGGCACAUGAAAUCGCUUUGCGAAAAGAACAGAUGGAUAUUUUUACGCAAGAUAUUUUGAGACUAAAAGGUGAAAAAGAAAUGCUUCUUAAAAGCAAUCAGAAAAAAGAUCAUCUAAUUGGAGAAUUAAAGGAAACAAUUAAUACACUGAAGAACCAGUUAGUCGAAGUCGAGGAAAAAUUCGAGACAUGCAAGCAAGCGCUGACAAUGGAGGUCAAACGACGCAAGGGCCUCGAGCGUAAAAUCGAGGAAAAAAUUGGCAACGUACUCACGUUGGAGAUGUCAUUGCCGUCCGUGGAUAGUCAAUUGCAGAAAAAGGUAACGUUUCAAGCAGACGAACUUAAGAAGAUCAUAUACAAUUCCGAAGAGCAGACGUUACCCAAGUACUCAUUAUCACAAGCCCAGUCAAAACUGAUGGGUGAACCCAAGCGGAAGGAGGGCACUGAUAUCAAAGAAGAUUUGCUAAGUGGCGUGACUGUCGCGAGACGAAAGUGGUUCACAAAUGAACAGGACUUUAUGAAUGGAAGCAAGCCUAUUGUCCGCCAAAUCGGUCCCUAUACCUACGAGCAAAGCACAUGCAAGACCGCGUUGGAUGCCGUUCCCCAAAACGGAAGCGUCAGAUACUCGGAUAAAAAUUCAUUCCUAUUUUUGCCAGAUCGAUCGGCCGGCUUGGAGUCGGAUGAAAUUACAGUACUCAACGUUGGAUACAUUGCGAUCGCCAGCAACAUUGGGAAGAAUUACCUCCUCGCAAAAUUGGCAAAGCAACUCAUCAAACUAUUUUACCAUUCUAAACUGUUUUUGAAAAAGGCUGUAUUUGAGAUGAUUUGGGGUUAUGAGGAUCCUGCUCUAAAAGUAAUAAACCAGUUCAUUGCUGUGGAGACCAUAAUUGGCCUCUACGCAGGCAAAAAUAAUUCAGCUGGUCCCACUUUUGAAGUGAAUGAUGGUGUUGAAGAUACGACAAAGGUUGGACAAAUUAUCACCUUCAAUGGACGCCGAGAGAUGUCGGUAUGGAGAACUUCACUGGCGAAUCGUAUAGUUGGUUCCGACGGGUCUCUUUUCUCUCCCUUCCUGGGGUCCAAUGUCAAUGUCUUCUCUGGCGAUGUUUGUCGAUCUUUGCAGUUUCAUGCUGCAGAGAAACCUGAGACAGUGUACAUAAACUCAGUUCCUACCACGAAGUUUUGUCUUUCGAAGGACACGUUUCUUUCUCCAGAUGAAUAUCCGGAUAAUCGUGGAUUCUGCCUGGAUUAUCCGGACUGCCCAAAGUCAGGAACAUUGGAUAUGCGGAAAUGCAUGAAAGGUGCCCCUAUAGCUAUCUCCUUGCCGCAUUUUAACGGGGCCGACGAAAGUUACCGUAAUGACGUCAUAGGAAUGGAUCCUCGUGAGGAUAUGGACAUAUCUUUGUACAUAGAACCGCAGACUGGAGUGAUUCUUCAGGCCCUCCAAAUGGUUCAAAUCAACGCUAUAAUAAAACAAAACUCCUUUUUUACUGAAUUGGCCCAUUUAAAGAAAGUCACCUACCUUCCGAUUGGCUAUAUUAACACCUCUAUCUACGUAUCGGAGUCGGUGGCCCACACCCUCAUGUCUACUCUCAUUGUUCCUCAGAUGUCCAUCAGUGUAGCAGCUUCACUAAUCAUUACCGGUGCCUUGGUGAGCCUCGUGGUAAAUAGUGGUCUUCUCAUUUAUCACCGUUGCCACUCUUCCCAAAUUUCAGACGGCACAGAGGAGAAUGCCCCUCUCAUCGUGGAGUGCCCCCCUGAUCAUCCCUCUCCUGACGACCCACAAGCAUCAACUAUUGACUCGUCCCUCAUUUCUUUCGAAAACGAUGAGACGUUACCAGCAGUUGAAAACAAAAUAGAAGACAUCUGA